UACAAACUUGCUAUGCAUGCAUGUUUGUGUUAGUGUGAAGUACACACCUCCCUACAUUCAGCACUUGGAGGUCUACCCUAGAGGUCUCAGCAACAUGAGGAAUCUGCAGUAUAUGAGCAGACUACUGUACCGCUCCUUCAGCACCACUGGUAAUAAUUUUGUGAAGAACAAGGUGCCACAAAACCAGAAGAUAUUCCAGGAGGACAAUGGGAUACCUGUUCACAUAAAAGGAGGGACAGUGGAUGUCCUAUUAUAUCGCUUUACCAUGGCCAUCACAGUUGCAGGUACAGGAUUCUCAUUGUACUGGCUUCUAAUUGCUUCACUGCCAAAAAAGAAUUAAGCAGGAUGCCACUGUAACUGUCCAUACCAGACAGGCACCAUGUUAU